AUGAUGCCGAAUUAUUCUAGCAUUUAUCCUCCUACUAUGGAACGAAGUAAGCUGCGAGGUAGCUAUAAAGAUGACUCAGAUGACGAGAAAAUUACGGCCCCCCCGAAACUAAGUGAUUUUGGUACUGCGUUGGUUAUGGACAAGGAGAAUAUAGCUCCAUCUGGAACAUUUCAAAGUAAACGACCACUUCAUGACAGUUUAAAAGAUGCAAAACAACGGCUGGGAUCUACGAGCACGGAAUAUUUCUCAGGCAACACGAACCAGACUUCCUUUAGUCAGACAUAUGUUUCGGCACAUUCGGGAGAACCGUCGCAGUCUACCAUAUUUGCCCAGUCCAGACUGAAUCAGCAGCCGAGUAUGACCACUAUGAACGCAGAUGAGGUUGGAUUGCCGGUUACCGAUUUAGAUAGCAGCUUCAGAAAGAUCAAGAGUAUGCAGCAAAGCAUGAGAGAGGAGCUUACUACGAGGCACGCGCAGAGAAGAAGUCGCCGAUUCUUGAAUGGUACUAGAGCCGGUAUUCUAGGACCAGCUAAGCGAGCUCCAUCUACGAGUGGUGCAGAGGUAUCGGACCUCAGUUUGGAGAAUAUAUCUGCAGCAGUGCCACGAACUAAUCCGGAGCCUGAGGAACGUCGCUUUUCCACUGAGAAGCUUCGACUGGAAGACGCGACAAGAGAAAAGCAGUUUUUAAAAGGAAAAGACGAGAAUCUGAUUGAUUUCGGUGAUAUGAACCCUGUACAAUAUAUGAAAUUGCAUAAAUUACCAAGUAGUGAACUCCCGAGGAUUUCUAGGCUGUAUUUCGAGCGGCAAAGACGGCAAACUCAUCAAUUGGCUCUGCAGAAAAAUUUUGCUUCACGGGAGGCACUUGUUAACCAAGGGUUACGAUCGCUCUCCUCGAUCGCCAGUCUCGGUAGUGAGAAUAAAAAAGAUAGUCCAGCUCCGCUAGCAUACCCAAGACGCAAACUAUCAGACACGGCAAUUUCCUCAGCGUCGAAAACCAACUUCCAAACUUCAAUAUUUUCACCUGAAAAAAAUUCACCGAAGGAUGCUGCAGCUGCUUUGCAGUCUAGACGUGCCAGGACGGCAACAAAUCGUGAUGAAGAACCACACAAGGCGUAUGCUCAUCGUGCAUUCAAUACCCUUAACCACACAAAAAGAGAAGCACUUGCUAACAUAGAUAUAAACAGGAGCGUUCAGGAACAGCUACAACAGCCCAAGCGACUUAAACCAGUUAUUGAUUUGGUAAAACCCAGUUUACCCGAAUCGGAAUUACAUGCUAAUAGGGAGGAACUUAUUAACAAAGAACCCAGUAAAGUUCGGGCCACUAAGCGCGUCGAGAUACUCGAACCGAAUCCCAAUCAAAGCCAGGCAAGGAGAAAUGUUGUAAAAGUUAACGACGUUGAAUAUGAAAAAGUGGAACUCCUUGGUCGUGGAGGCUCUUCGAAAGUCUACAAGGUGCGAGAUUCCGGUAAUAGGAUAUAUGCACUAAAAAGAGUGGUCUUUGAUGAAUUUGAUGAUACCAGUGUGGACGGCUUUAAGGGAGAGAUUGAGCUACUAAAGAAAUUAGAGAAUGAGAAAAGAGUUGUCCAGCUUAUAGAUCACGAAAUGGAGCACGGUGUUUUGUAUUUGGUAAUGGAGUGUGGAGACCACGAUUUAUCACAGGUUUUAAAUCAAAGAAAUGGGAUGCCCUUGGACAUGGAGUUUGUUCGAUACCAUGCUAGGGAAAUGCUGCGAUGCGUCAAGGUGGUGCAUGAUUCUGGGAUAGUUCAUUCAGAUCUAAAGCCAGCCAAUUUCGUUUUUGUUAAGGGAAUCUUGAAAAUCAUUGAUUUUGGAAUAGCUAACGCAGUCCCAGAUCAUACAGUCAAUAUCUAUCGGGAGAAUCAAAUAGGUACACCAAACUACAUGGCUCCUGAAGCGCUGGUUGCAAUGAACUAUACUCAAGGUGAAAGCAAGUUACAACAGCAAAACAGAUGGAAAGUUGGGAAGCCUUCGGACAUAUGGUCAUGUGGAUGCAUAAUCUACCAGAUGAUAUAUGGAAGGCCACCAUAUGGCGGGUUUCAAGGUCAAAACCGACUGCUGGCGAUCAUGAAUCCUGACGUGAAAAUAAUGUUCUCAGAUCGUACAUCCAAAGAUGAAGCCAUACCUCGUUCUGCCCUAGACGCAAUGAAAUCAUGCUUGUUAAGAAACCCUGAUAAGAGGUCAAGUGUUGAUGAGCUAUUAGAAAGCAACUUUUUGAAACCUGUAAUGGUGACACCUUUCUUUAUCAGAGAUCUGAUAAAAAAUGCCGUCAAGUACGGUGCGGAUCAGAAGGAUGUAUCAAAAGAAAAGGUGGAAGAGCUCGCAGAUGAUGUUUUAAAUAGGCUAGCUGAUUUUAGACUCUAG